AUGGCUUCCAGGCUGGUCCUCGCCCGGGGCGCUGCCCUGCGGCCGACCUCGGUCUCCGGCAGUUGCAUGGCCCGUGGCGCUCUCACCACUGCCGCGGCUCGCGCGCGCUGCUUCUCCCAGAGCACUGCCCUCGGUGAGCCCCUCAGCGCCGAGUCGCGCAGGGCACAGCUCGAGGCCCUCCACAAGGACCCCGUCUACCUGGAAAUGAAGAAGUCGCAGCACAAGCAGCCGUGGAUGGACUUCACUUCCCGCCACAUCGGCCCCCGCGACGAGGAUGUCGCCGAGAUGCUCAGGGUGCUCGGCCCUGGCGCCGAGACGCUCGACUCCUUCAUCGCCCAGGUCAUUCCCGAGGACGUCAUGCUGCCGCCCCAGAAGACGAUCCAGCACAAGACUUACAGCGAGUCGGGCAUCGCCAAGGCUUUCAAGGCCAUGAACAAGGAGAACGACAUCAAGGUCUGGAUGAACGGCGGCGGCUACUACCCCGUCGAGGUGCCCACCGUCAUCAAGCGCAACAUCCUCGAGAACCCGGCCUGGUACACGAGCUACACUCCCUACCAGGCUGAGAUCAGCCAGGGUCGCCUGCAGUCGCUGCUCAACUUCCAGACCAUGAUCUCGGACCUCACUGGCCUGCCCGUCGCCAACGCCAGUCUGCUCGACGAGGGCACUGCCGCCGCCGAGGCCAUGACCAUGUCUCUCAGCAACCUUUCCACCUCGCGGGCCAAGCGAGAGGGCAAGACGUACGUCGUCUCCCACCUUGUCCAUGACACCACCUUCCGCGUCAUGCAGGGACGCGCUGAGGGCUUUGGCAUCCACCUCGAGAUCAUGGAUCUCUCCGCCCCGGAUGCGCACCAGAAGAUCCAGGCCCUCGGCGACGACCUCGUCGGUGUUCUCGCCCAGUACCCCGACACCAACGGCGGUGUUCAGAACUUCCGCGACCUUGCCGAUGUUGUCCACAAGCAGGGCACCCUCUUCAGCGUCGCCACUGACCUGUCUGCUCUGACGCUUCUCACGCCUCCGGGCGAGUUUGGCGCUGAUGUCGCAUUCGGAAACUCGCAGCGCUUUGGUGUCCCUCUCGGCUUUGGCGGUCCCCAUGCCGCCUUCAUGGCUGUCAAGGAGAACAGCAAGCGCCGUCUCCCCGGUCGUCUGAUUGGUGUCUCCAAGGACCGCACUGGCGGGCGCGCUCUUCGCCUGGCCCUGCAGACCCGAGAGCAGCACAUUCGACGAGAGAAGGCCACGAGCAACGUGUGCACGGCGCAGGCUCUCCUCGCCAACAUGGCUGCCAUGUACGCCAUCUACCACGGCCCCGCCCAGCUCAAGGAGAUGGCCGUCAACAACCUCCGAUUCGCUCGCAUGCUCCAGGCCGCUGCUCAGCACUACGGCCUCGAGGUUCCCACGCGCACUCUCGACGCCGAGGGCCGCGUCCUCUCCGACACCGUCACGCUGCGCUUCGCCGAGCCCAACGUCUGCCAGGCUCUGCGCCGUGAGCUCUACGAGCAAGGCAUCAGCAGCGGCAAGACCUGGACCCGGGACGAGGUUGUCCUCGCCGUUCCCACGACCUUCACCCAGGACACGUAUGUCCGCAUCGUCAAGGCGUUCCAGACUGUCGCCAGCAAGAACCACACCGACCGUGACCUCGACGUCGCUCACAAGUUCUGGACCGAGGGCUUCCAGCAGUCCUCGGAGGACAUCGUCAACGGUAUCCCGCCCGCCGUCCGCCGUGAGUCGGCCUACCUGACGCACCCGGUCUUCAACACCCACCACAGCGAGACUGAGAUGCUCCGCUACAUGCACCUCCUGCAGUCCAAGGAUCUGUCGCUGGUUCACUCCAUGAUUCCCCUGGGCUCGUGCACCAUGAAGCUCAACGGCACCACUCAGAUGGAGCUCAUCGGCGCCGAGAAUAUCUCCAACAUCCACCCGCACGCACCGUCGAGCGCCGUCAAGGGCUACCAGAGGCUCUUCAGCGCCACCUCUAACCAGCUUUCUGCCCUGACCGGCAUGGACGCUACGUCUCUGCAGCCCAACUCUGGUGCUCAGGGCGAGUUUGCCGGUCUUCGUGUCAUCCGCAAGUACCACGAGCAGCAGCCCGGCGCCAAGCGUGACAUUUGCCUCAUCCCCGUCUCCGCCCACGGCACCAACCCGGCCUCCGCCAGCAUGACCGGCAUGCGCGUUGUGCCCAUCAAGUGCGAUACUGUCACCGGCAACCUGGACUUGGCCGAUCUCGAGGCCAAGUGCAAGAAGCACCAGGCCGAGCUGGGUGCCAUCAUGAUCACGUACCCCAGCACGUUCGGUGUCUUUGAGCCCAACAUCCGCAAGGUCUGCGAGAUCGUUCACGAGCACGGCGGCCUCGUCUACAUGGACGGUGCCAACAUGAACGCACAGAUCGGACUGACUUCCCCUGGCGCGCUGGGCGCGGAUGUCUGCCACCUGAACCUGCACAAGACGUUCUGCAUCCCUCACGGCGGUGGCGGCCCGGGUAUCGGCCCGAUCUGCGUCAAGGGCUUCCUUGAGCCUUACCUCCCGCACAAGGACAGCCAGACCCCCGUUGCCAGCGCCUCGUUCGGCAGCGCUAGCAUCGUCCCCAUCAGCUGGUCCUACAUUGCCACCAUGGGUGACGAGGGUCUCCGCAAGGCUACCAAGACUGCUCUCUUGAACGCCAACUAUCUCCUUGCUCGCCUCAAGGACCACUACCCCAUCCUCUACACCAACGACAACGGCCGCUGCGCUCACGAGUUCAUUGUCGACAUCCGGCCCUUCAAGGCCAGCGCCGGCAUCGAGGUUGUCGACGUCGCCAAGCGUCUGCAGGACUACGGCUUCCACUCGCCGACUAUGAGCUGGCCUGUGCCCAACACGCUCAUGAUCGAGCCCACCGAGAGUGAGAGCAAGGAUGAGCUCGACCGGUUCGUCGAGGCCAUGAUCAGCAUCCGCCAGGAGAUCCGCGAGAUCGAGGAGGGCAAGCAGCCCAAGGAGGGCAACGUGCUGCGCAACUCGCCGCACACGCAGGCCGACCUCAUCGUCGGCGACGGCGAGGGCAAGUGGGACAGGCCCUACUCGAGGCAGAAGGCUGCUUACCCGCUGCCUUAUCUGUACGAGAAGAAGUUCUGGCCCACGGUGGCGCGUGUGGAUGACACCUACGGUGACACCAACCUGUUCUGCACAUGCCCCCCUGUCGAGGACACGACUGAGCAAUAA